AAUAAGUGUAAAAGCACUUGUAAAUUUCGGUAUAAAUAGCGAGGAAACGCAAGCGCGUGCUUUAUUCGCUUUCAAUUCCACUAACCUACAUUUGAACAGUUUGGCAAAAGCGCUCGGAGCUUUGGGACGUCGCAAUAAAUGUCGCAAAAUUCGGCCACGUGCUGCGAGGUGGUGUUUUUUCGCUUAAAUAGACCUUCACAGAUGUGAGCGAAAAAUGAACGCAACAUCUCCGAAGUCCUCACUGGCCAAGCUCGGCCUCUACCCCCGACCGAAAACUUUGAAGGUCAUGGUUUUGGGGCAAAGCGGUGUCGGAAAAUCAGCGAUGGUUGUGCGAUUUAUUACCAAAAGAUACAUAGGCGAGUACGACCCGACUUUGGAAAAAGUUUACGCUUUCCACACAGUGAUUGACAACGAGAUGGUUUAUUUUGAUAUCCUUGAUACGGCAGGACAACCGCACGAGAGCGAAUGUUUGGCUCUGGAGGCGAACAUCCGCUGGGCUGAAGCCUUCAUCCUCAUGUAUUCAGUGACGGACAAAUGCUCUUUUGACGAGUGCUACCGCCUUAAAUUUUUGAUCAACUACAACAAGCGCCGCCGUCGCCUGGGGGGCACGUCCAAGGACCCCGUCCUCGACGUCCCCGUGGUCCUCGUGGGCAACAAAAUCGACCAGAUGGAGGACAGAAUGGUGACUCUCGAAGAAGGGCAACGCCGUAGCAAAGAAAUCGGCUGUGUCUGCUUCCACGAGAUUUCAGUCCGCGAAAGCAUCGACCAAGUGUGGUCGGUCUUUCGGGACGUUUGCCGCUUUUGGCGCGUUCAAAAUAAAAAUCCCAAGAUGCGGAGAAGUGGAAGUGAGAAGGAACCGAUGAGUCCUGACAGCGUUAAGUUGCUUUGUUCGUCGGCGGGGUCUCCCAGCGGACUUAUCCCCAGCUGUAGGAUGGGGAUGUUCAGUCGGCGGUGGACCGAAGUGGAGUUGGAGGAGGAGGAUGAGGAGGAGAGCAAGGAGAGCAGUGCGAGCAGUCCGGGAGAGAGUGUUCCCUUUAGGGAGAGGGCCUCCACGGAUGGGCACCUGCAGCAGAGGCCCUGGAGGUGGAGGUAUCCGCCCAUUGGGACGGGAGGGUCGCAGGAUCUGAGUGUCAGGGCUGAGAGGAGGAUGAGUAUUUCGAUGAGAGGGAAUAAUGCCAGUUAUUGAAAUGAUUCAGUUUUGGAUAAUUUGACUAAGACUGAGAUGAGAGUCUUAGAGGAAACACGCUCGUUUUGCAAACGGAGACAAUAAAACACGAGUUUGGGACGAAGUUGUACGGCUUUAUCAAUUAACCAAUGACCACAUUUGCUGUGAUUUCAUGUUUCGUCGUAACAUAAUCAAAAGAUGUAUAUUUAAAUAUGUAUUUAUUCUGUAUUAAUGUUUUAUGGAUUUUUAUCCAGUAUUCAUUCCAUUGUGAUGUUUAAGGUGUUAUAAUAAAAAUACAAAAAUAAA